AUGAGACAAGCGUUAAGUCACAUAACAAGAACAGCUGGUUGGCUGCCACCUGCUGAAAAUUGGGGACCAAACAUCGACCUUCCUUAUGGAUGGGAGAAAGCAGUGACAAGUCCAUCGGGAAAUGGACAGUUUUAUUACAUCAAUCACUUAAAUAAAACGACUACGUUUGAACGUCCACAACGUUAUGGCUACGACAUUUCACCUCCUGAACCACGCAAUGUUGUUCUUCAUCGAAGCCCUACAUUGGGGUUUGGCUUUGUUGCAGGCAGUGAAAAGCCAGUCAUAGUUCGUUUUGUCACCGAGGGUGGUCCGAGUGUGGGAAAGCUUGAACCGGGCGAUCAAAUUCUCGCUGUAAAUGGAGAAGAUGUGAAAGACGCACCUCGUGAUCACGUGAUUCAGCUUGUACGUAAUUGCGAGACAAGUGUGGAAAUGGUUGUAUGUCAACCUCAAUUGACGUACUCGAUGAACGGACGGAAGUCAACUUUGCUAUCUCCAGCUAAGAAGCAUAAACUGAAAACGAGACCAAUAAGAGUUCGAUUUGCAGAAUCUGUGUGUGUGAAUGGUUCACCUUUAUUUCCGCCCUCGGCAUUCUCAUUAAGCGAUGUUCUCAUUCCACCAAUGGCUAAUGUACUUAAAGUUUUCCUAGAAAAUGGGCAAACAAAAUCCUUUAAAUACGAUUCGACCACAACUGUACAGGAUGUUGUAACAUCAUUAAAAGAGAAACUUUGCAUUACCGCAAAUGAACAUUUCAAUCUGGUGCUGGAACAUGUUAAAAGUCUGAAACGUAAUAAGUUGACACUUUUGGAUCCAUUGGAGACAGUUGCGCGCAUCGCAUCUCGCCCUGGAGCACAUAAACUUCGUUGCUUAUUUCGUGUUACUUUCGUACCAAUAACUGCAGCUGACUUAGCACAAAAAGACUUGAAUGCUUUAGAUUAUUUGUUUAUGCAAUGUUGUAACGAUGUUAUUCAAGAACGUUUCGCACCCGAGCUUCAACCUGACGUAGCUCUAAGAUUGGCAGCACUUCACAUGCAUCAACACGCGUUAGCCAACAACGUUUCACCAUCAAAGCUUACAGUUAAAACUGUUGAAAGAGAAUUUGGACUUGAACGCUUUGUGCCUACAUCGCUAAUUGAUGGAAUGAAACGAAAAGAAUUGCGUCGACUCGUCUCACACUUUCUCAAACUCAACUCACAAAUGACAGGCUCUUCGUCGAAGGUUCUAACGCAACUGCAAGCAAAAAUUCAUUAUUUAGAUAUUAUUUCCGGACUACCCAGCUAUGGUGCUAAAUGCUUCAGUACAAAUCAACGUGAUGGCAUCGAACGUGUACUUCUUGUAAGCCCACGCUUUGGCCUCAGUCAAAUUGCUGGUUCGAAGAACUCUGUGCCACAAUCGAUUUGCACGAUUGAAGAACUUUCACGUGUCGUUGUGACGAGAGAAGACGACGUUACGAAUUCCGUAUCUGUAUUUAUUUUGCCUGAUAAAUUAAUCACGUUUUCAAUGGAGGAUCGAGAUGCUAAUGAGUUUGCCAUUGUUCUUGCGGGUUAUUUUAGACUGAUUAUGGGAAAAGAGCUUGAAACACAUAUCGAACAUGAUGUUGAGACGAAUCAGGAAGACAUUGCACCGCCAUACUUAUCACAACACAAUGUUUUUCCUGCUGGAUGGAAUUAUCUACUACCUAAUGACAAGCCUACUUAUAGUAUGGCAUUUUUAAUGCCACCGCCAUAUCAUUCAACGAAGCAACUUUUAUUGACUUCGUCGAAACAAAAUUUUAACAACAUCAACAACAAUGACGAGCAAGUAGCAAAUAGAAAUUAUAUGUCGUCAAAUGUCAAAUAUAGUCAACAAAUAUCGUCAGAGUCGGAUGAAUUUGGAUUUGAUAUGCACAGUGUGGUGUCAAUGGAAAUUCUUGAAAAUCAAGACCAAUAUAAACAGACGUUGAAACAUUUCCCACAGCAGAAAUUGACGACAUUUGUCGAAGCUAAAAAUCAGGAAGUAUUGCGACGGGUUGCUGAGAUGCAAAAAAUGGUGGAAAAUUCGCAACGCUAUUUAAAUGAAAAUAACGAGAAUGGAUUGAAAAAAGAAGACGGAAGUGCAAACUAUUGGCGUGAGACGUCAGUUGAUGUUGAAAGUGACAAUGAAAGUGUUUCCAGUAAUAAGUUUUCUUCUGACGCAAACUCCCCAGCACCUCCGCCUGGAGCUUUGAAGCACAGUGACUCUUUGACACUUCUCGCUGAGACAAUAAAAAACGACUUGAAUGGCAUCAGCAAUGGAUUAAAUUCUAUUUACACGCCAUUUGAUUGUCGAUCAAAUGGCAGUGGCAGCACUACAAAUGACACAAAUACCGCUCCAUCAUCAGUAACAAACACUCCAAAAGUUCAACGUCGUAUUAAUGGCCUAAGUCAAAUCAUCAGCGAUCUUCAAGCACUUGGAAAUGAUUCAAGUGAUUGUGACUCGGAGUCUCUUUAUACACCAACAAAUUCGCCAAUUCAUAAAACCAACAAUGGAAAUGUUAAUCAAUCAAAUGUAAAUACAAACCAAUUGAGAGUUCCAAACACACAAAAGACCUUCAAACAAAUUCGCACAAGUUUUGGAUUACACAGUCCCGAUGCUUUAGGCGACUCAAAAGAUAAUAAUCUCAAAGAAUAUUUGAGACAACUUAAAGAAGCGAGUUGUAAUGACACCAACUCAGAUCAAGAUUUAGCAGCGAAGAAACUUGCUGAGCUUUAUGGCUUCGAACUUGGUGAUGAUUCGUUUAUUGAUACUGAUCCGGAUCUCAUUGACUUAACAACAAUUCCACCUCCACAAACACCCGACGAACUUGACAUUCCAAAUAGUGUGUUUAAUGCUCCACCUUCAGGCUUUGAUGACACCGAUGGGAAACAACAAAGAAGCAAUCGUGACCUAGAAGAAUUCCUCAAAAAGGUAACUAUUGAACCCCCAACAAAAAUUGUCACCCCCGCUGUUGAGCUCACACCCGAAGAAAUUAUGUCGUUCAUCAUUCCACCUCCGCCAUCAUGUGUGUCUGAAAAAGCAACAAUGUCAAGUGUCAAACCGAAGAAUGUUCCAAUAAAUGUGAAGCCCACACCACCUACAAAACCUCAUACAUCCCUCAAACAACCACUAUCAAUGCCUUUGUCUUUGCCAAAGUCCACUCGUGAAAAUCAGAACUGUAAUAGCUUUUAUGAUAAUCAUCAUGGACUUAUGAAUUGUUGUGAACAUUCACAUAGUAACCAGCAGUCAUUUGUGAAUCAAAAAGGCCCCGUCACUCCUGAGAACAAUGUAAAAAGCAAGGUCAUGAUGUUUACCAACGGUCACAGUACGGCAUCAACUUUACAACAAAAUCAAUUUGUCGAAUAUGCGACAGUUGACCGAAAAGGACAAAUAAGCUUUAACAUGAAGUCAUUGGCAACGAAUGGGACAUGUACAAAUGGAAAUAUAAGCAGCAGUGAUGAUAAUGAAUCAUUAAGGUUGCCUCCAAAACGUACAGCUAAUGGACACACAUGUGGAAAAGCACCGGAAAGACCACCAAAAAGUGCUGAAUUACAAUUGAAACUUAAUUCGCCUGUUAAACUUGUUCAUGAUUAUGGAGCUUAUAGUUUGUAUAAUAAUGCAGACAACUCAUUACCACCCACUCUACCACCUCGUAUAAGUGAAAAGUCACCACCUCCAGUUGAUACAAUGCGCAAGCCACCAUUACCGCCGUUACCAGCGAAGCCUAUUUUCUUUCCCAACUCACCACCACUUGGAUCACCGAAGAGUCCAAUACAAAUUAUUAAAAAUGGUAGCACAAACUCAUCGCCUAUUAGAGCUGUUGGUUCGUUGCACUUUCAUCAUCGACAUUACAAUACGAUGCGUGAAGGAGAUCGAAGCAUGUUCAACUUCAAUCACGCUAUCAAUAGUAGUGGAAUUAAUCCCUUGGCUUCUCCACCAUCAAUGCGCUUACAAUCAAAUGGACACGCUGUAAACAUGUCUCAAAAUGGUCACGAGAAAAUUCCAUUAUCGGUUUUGUGCUCGCCACAAUUGAAUCGAAAGACAUGCAAUCACUUACAAGUUCCCGGAAGUCCACAACUUUCGAAUAAAAAUGGUCAUAUUAUAAAUGUCGCAACGUUAAUGUCGAAGACAACUAUGGCGAUGUCUGGGUUGCUUUUGAAGUUGGAUCAUGUUGCUGUCAUGUGUUCGGAUGCUCAGAAUGCAGGCGGUGGAUCGGAAAUUGACGAGGAAAAAUUUCAAAGUUCGAAGGAAGAGCUUACAGAUGUUUCACUACGUCUUGUGACAGCUUCGAAGCUUUUGGUUAUUGCAAUGUCAGAUAAUGCUGCAAAAAAUCUUCCAGAACAUUUAACCGCUUGCUUGACUGCUUUAAGACGGAUAACCGAACUUGCACAAGAUUUAGUACGUUUCACAUCAGCUCCACUUCAAACACGAAAUGUUGUCUUAAAAAUUCACGAUGUUGCAUCAAGUUUUAAAGAAAUGGUUUCCGUUCCAGUUGGACAAGCUGGUGCUGGUCAACUUGCACUUAACGCUAAUUGCUUAGCUAAUGUACUUGCAACAUUACUAAGAAGUCUGAGAGUUUUCUCACCUUAACAUUUACUGCAAAAGUCCAAAGAUGACGAAAUUUGCGAACACGACAGUGAUGAUGAUGUUAAAGCGGAUGAAGCGCUAAUCGACUCGACUACUAUGGAGAAAUCUCUUGACAAAACGAGUCUCUUCUGUUUCUUUUGUAUUAAGUAAUAUUCAACAGCAAAUACCAAUGGACAUUUAUUGAUGAUGAUGGCAAAAGUCACUCACAAAAUGAUGAGAUGUAUCAAUGAAUAUAAUCUGAUCAUUUGUUUGUUAAUAACCGAUUAUCGUUGUUUCUAAGAAACAAGUUUAUUUAGUUUGUUUUUUCUACGUAAAUAAGCAUUUAAUAUUUCUUAACAACAUGUUUAUAUUUUCAAUGAUUUUUUGAAUUAAAAGUAAAAAUCAUUUAGUACUUAAUGUCACAUUAAUUAACCGCCAUUAUGGAACUUUGGCAGAGGGUGGAAAAUGUCGACCUUUUAUUAUGAUUAUUAAACAAGUGUAACUCUAGAGUAAAUGAAAACAAUGUUAAUCUAUUUGUAAUUACUGAAGAAAUGCUUUAACCUUUGUAUAACGUACGUAGUUAGAAAAUUGGAAAUAAUUGAGAAAUAAAUUUCGAUCCCCAUUUUUGUUAAAAUGCUGAGAGGAAAGAAGAUAAAAGGGAAUGUUGAUGUUUAAGUAGAGCAAAAAAUAAAAAUAAAAUAAACAUAAUAAUUAGUGGGACUCGUAACAAUAAGCGACAUUAUGUGAGUUUCACAAUAUCUAAACGUUAAAACUUUUAUCAGCAAAUAAAAUUUUUCUUUGUUUAAUUUUGUUCUCUAUUAAGAAACCAUUAGAAAUCCACAAAAUAAAAAUAAUUUUAUUUUCAUAUAUUUUAUUGAGGAAAUUGUUGCAAAAUGCAAAUUAAAACAUUGCAAGAGUUUACUAGUCAUGUAUUUAGUUUUAUCGGGACGUGUUUGCAAUUUCAUACACACAUAAUAAUCAGCAAACUUUAUUAAAUUUAAAUGAACAUGAAAUUUUCUAAUGGAUAUGAAUGAUUUUACAAUUGAAAUAUUUAUGAUUAUCUGCGACAUUAAUAUGUUGGAGUUGCUUUUUAAAAGCAUUUCAGAAAUUUAUUCUGUUUUAAAGAGAUAAUAAUUGAGUUUUAAACAAAUUCUAACCGUCAACUAAAAUGAAAUGACAAAUAAAAUUGGAAACAAUUCAUAUCAACAAUUAUAAAUGAAUAUCAACGUCUCUCAGUGCAUAUUUUCAGUGAAUAAUGUGGCAUAUCUGAUGAAAUACUUAUCAAAUUGUAACACUAAAUAUUUGUGCAAACAUCAAAAAGGAAA